GAGAGCGAGAGAGAGAGCGAGCGGCGUCGGCGGCCCUUUGCAAUGCGGUCCGCCUGUCUCGGUCCCUGCCGGGCGAGGAUGUAGAUAGAGCAGGAGGAAGAAGAAGUAGGGGCAGGUGCUGGCGGGAGUAGCAAGCAAGUAGCAGCAGCAGCAAGAGCUUCUCCUUCCUCCGCUUUGCCUCUUCCUCCUCCAUUACAGCGUACGCUCCGGAUUUGGAUCUUUAAUCCGGCGGGCGACAGCGCGCGCGCAACACGCAGCAGGCGAGGCUGCCCGGAGCCGCGGAGGCUGCGAAACCGCCUUCCUUCCUCUCUCUCCUUCUCACUCCGGAUCGUUCUGCCUUACACCAAGACAAAACUGCAGACAAACAACAGAACAGAUCCUUUGCACAAGAGAGCUUUCGGGAAGAAUCCAGGGAUGCAUUGCCGACUUUCAUAUGGAUUGUCGUAUAGCUUGCUGUGAUUGGUAGAAGAAGAGGUCAAACAUUUUUGUGCUGCUGUUUGGUUCAAGCUUAAGAGCUACACGUUAUAUAUGAGACCUGGAAGACAUGUUGUAAUGGCCCUGAAAUUGCACUGAAGAAGCACCUCAUCCCUUUCAAAUUUCCUGGUGUUACUAGUCUCUUGUGGUUGGUUGUUUUCCACAGUGAGUGGGCUGCUUGUUAUAUCUGGUCUCUUCUUCGUUAAACAUACAAAUAAACAACAAAUAUGUCUGAUCCUGGCUCUCAUCAAGACACUAAUAUUAAGCCAGGCCUGUUGGGAAAAAACAACAGUCAAGAUGACUCUCAGCCCUCGGUCAAUUUGGAAAGGAGAAACAAAAGUGGGAUAAUAAGUGAACCUUUGAACAAAAGUCUUAAGAAGUCCCGACCACUCUCCCACUACUCUACUUUUGGUAGCACCAGCUCAUUAAGUGAACAUUCAGAGAAAGGUGCCCCCAUAGCCAAUGGCAAUGAAGCACCCAUGGAUAAAAGCAAUUCUACCUCAAAGCACAAAAACAUCGUUGACAUGCUGGGCAAAACCGAUCUUUCUGCAGAAGGACAGAGCAUCUUGCAACAGUUUGCUCAGUCAACGGAGCUUCUCAAAAGAGUUGUCCAGGAGCACAUUCCCUUGCCUAAUGACCAUGGGACGGGCAUCUCAGACAUGGAAGCUGUCUCAGCUGCUGAGGCAAUGAACAGCCCAUCUGAUUUUCCUUACCUGGGGGCUUUUCCUAUCAACCCUGGUCUUUUCAUUAUGACCCCUGCUGGCGUAUUUCUGGCAGAGAGCGCACUCCAUAUGGCUGGCUUAGCAGAGUACCCAAUGCAGAAUGAAUUGGCAUCUGCCAUCAAUUCAGGGAAAAAGAAACGGAAACGAUGUGGCAUGUGCCCUCCUUGCAGAAGACGGAUAAACUGUGAGCAGUGCAGCAGUUGUAGAAAUCGUAAAACUGGGCACCAGAUUUGCAAAUUCCGAAAAUGUGAGGAACUUAAAAAGAAGCCUUCUGCUGCACUGGAGAAAGUGAUGCUUCCUACAGGUGCUGCAUUCCGAUGGUUUCAAUAGGAACAAGAAUCCCAAAGCUCUGUCAUCCAGUGCAAUGUCACUGCUUGCUUGUGUUGUCUCAGGCAAAGAAUUUUUUGGCGGAAAUGAAUGGAUGCGCCUGUGUCUCCUUUAGAACCAAAAAUAUUUUCUCACAGAUUUCAUUCCUGUUUUUUAAUUAUUAUUUUGGCAUUUGUUUAACAUCUUUGAGUACUAGUAAAACAAACAUUAACUGUUUUUCAAAUAAUUUUUUUAAAAAAAGAAUCCAUAAAGUACCAAGAUGUAAUAGAAUAUGGACAAUCAAUCAAAUUAUUUUCCUGUGUUUUUGGUGUUGAUGUUGUUUAUGUGUGGAAGAUGCAGUUCUUGUGUAGAGAAUGUAAAUUUACAGUAACCUUUUAAAUCUAGUUACUAAUAAGCACUACUGUAAUUAGCACAGCUGUUUACUCAUUCAUAUUUUUGUUUGAUUAAUUUCCAUCAUUAAAGAAAAAGAGUGUGGCUAGUUUCUAGAAUGCCUCAAUUUCAUGUUUAUAAAUGAGAAUAUGUUUGAAAUAAAGUAGUUUCCCUUUCCCUAACCAUACACAUAAGGUUUAAUCAGCAAGAUGUUUGGUAUUAAAAAGUGAAAGCGUGCUGCAAAACUGGCAAGUCUUGAAAGUAAAGCAAAAUAAUAAUUAUGUUUAAUUCAGAAAAAAACUGCACACUAGAAUAAACCCAGAACUAAUUGCAAUGAUUCUCUUUUAGAAACCAUUUGAAAAUGUUACUGGAAAUUAAAUAUAAGCUAUUGCAGAACCUGUGCUGAAAACAAGUAUUUUUCUUCUGUUCGAAGCCCUUGUCUCCUGCUUUCUCACCAUCACUAACUGAAAGGCUGUUUGUAAUGUUCUAGCAGUUCAAGCUGUUUUGUGAAUAAAAAUGAAAGCAUG